AUGACAUCAUCAUUACCUGAAAGUACCAAUCAAGUUGAAAAGAAGGAUUUGCCACAACAGCAACAACAAUCUCAAUCUGCAACUGCAAAUGCAACUGCAAAUGUUACCAAGGCUAACGCAUUGACUGAAGAAAGAGCAUCAAAUAUUGGUUGGUUCUUCAUCAAAUCCUAUUACGAUUUCUACGUCACCAAACUCGAAGAUAUCCACAGAAUCUACCACGCCAAUGCCUCAUUGAUCCACGAUGCUUUUCCAACUGACAAGUCUGUUGAAAAUAAUAAAGAAAGCAGUGGCAAAAAUGGCAACGGUAAUGAACCUACUACCAGCUUCACUGCUAAAGGAACCAACGAGAUCAAAAAAUGUUUUAGUGAGCAUUUAUCUGGAAAGGGUGACAAGAAGGACACAAAUAGGAUUGUUAUCACUAGUGCAUGUUUCCAAGUCUCACUGGAGAAAAACAUUCUUAUUGUCACCUUUGGAGAAUGGGCUAAAAACAAUUCCCCAUUUAAGCAAUUUACCCAGACUUUCCUUUUGACUCCUGGUAAAAGGGAAAGUACCUACGAUGUUGCCAACGAUAUUUUGAGAUUUAUCGAAAGCAAUGGGUACAAGGAUAACGGACACGUUGAGGAAGUCACCACUACCGAGAAUGAGAAAGAAAAGCAAAAAGAAAAGGGAACUUUAGUCAAGGAGGAGACCAAGGCAGAGACCAAGGGCAAUGGCCAACCAAUUCCACUGGCUGAGACUUCAGGCGCAGAAGCAAAUGGAAAAUUGGCCAAAUCUGAAUCUCAAUCUGAAUCUCAAUCUCAAUCUCAAUCUCAAUCUCAAUCUCAAUCUCAAUCCCAAUCUCAGUCUGGAUCUGGUUCUCGCUCCGAGGUCAAAGAGAGUUUAAAAAUACAAGAGCCAACCUUGAAUGAUACAAAAGAAAUGGCAGCAAAGUCUGAUUCAGACAAGAAGAACAGCAAUGACAAAGUAAAGGAGCAAGAAUCACAUAAAGAGGCGGAGAGACAGCCUGAGGGAAUUAAGGAGCCAAAAGAGUCAAAAGAGUCAAAGGAAUCAAAGGAACCAAAAGAGUCAAAAGAACCAAAAGAAGUAAAGGAAGCAAAACCCGCAGAGCCAGCAAAACCACUUACUUGGGCUGACUUGGCAAACCAAUCAGUACAAGCACCGCCACAAAGAACAACUAAACCAGCAUCGUCAGCAUCACCAAGCACAACUAAAUCCACAGCAUCUACACCUACGUCAGCUAAGAAAUCACCUGCUGCCGCAUCUGUCACUACAAACACAGUGGCAUCGUCAUCAUCAUCCUCAUCCUCAUCAUCUGCAACACCAGCAACUGCUACUGCCGCCUCUCGUAAAUACGAUAAAAACGAGUGGUUUUCAGUUUAUAUAAGAGGUGUGCGCGACAUUGGCGAGGGAGAAUUGAAAGACUUUAUCACUAAACGUUUUGGUGAAUUAAAGUUUUACAAAAAGAACCAGAACAUUGCAUUAUGUGACUUUGUCUUGAAAGAAGCUCAAAAGAAAGCGUUGGAUGCAAGAGAAGUUCCUUUCGGAGAUGUCAAGAUCAAGAUUGAGAAAAAGUACAAGAAAAAAAUAUAA